AAAAAUCGACGCAUUAUUGGCGAUAGGCUCUUUAAUGUCGUCUCCGUCGUUCACAAAUCCUUAAAAGAUGCAGAGUCCAACCCCUCCAAACCCACCUUGUUCGACCUCCGGCGCGGGAACCAACUGCGCCCAAUUUCUCCAUUCCGAUCAUCCCAGAGCCACACUGUGGUUGACUUGGGACGACCCCUCAUUCUUGAGAAGAAAGUUUUACCAGUCAUAAUGGCAGUCUGGAAUUAUAUACAGACCAACAUUUAUCAUUCAUAAUGUUUGGAUGAUGAAGUACCAUAUAUUUGUCCCUUUUCUGCGACAAUCGUGGAAUGGGUCCCGUUUGGCUGGUCGUCCAACGAGGUAAACGCCUUCGAUUACAGAAGAAGCAUAUAAUUUCUCUGAGUCCGUGUUUGUACAAAUGGGCGGCAUUCAUUAUGUACAACCAACCCUGGGGGAUUGCUUUAAUGGCGGACGAAGGCAUGGCUUGGGUACUGGAGGAUGGUGUUAUAAGGAUAUUCAUCCUGUUUUCAGCAAGAAAGAGCUCGUAUCGCUAUGGAUGGAGAAAAUGGUGCCAUAGGGACUCAGUCUUGCUCUGGCGAACACGUGGCUGAGAGACCUUCUGGAAAGAUUAAUUGUUUAAAAAAAGAGAUGAGUAAAGGGUUGAGGUUUAUAAAAAAGUGUAUUGGAGAGCUUCAUGUGUGGAAUGAAGUAGUUGUGAUAUUGUGUGUAGCUGCGAUCUUACUGGACCCUUUGUUCUGUUACAUCUUAGUAGUUGAUGAAAAGAAAAACUGUAUUGAGUUUGACCAGAAUUUGCGGAUCACGGCUAUAGUUUUGCGUUCGCUCAUUGAUUUUGGCUACAUUUUGAUCAUUGCCUUUCAUUUUCGCAUGGGUUAUACUGGGCCCUAUGAUGCAAAAAAGGAAACGCUUUACAAAAUAGGCAGGAGAUAUCUUUUAUCCUACUUUACUGUUGACAUUCUUGCCGUCCUUCCUCUCCCACAGGUGGUGAAUCUAUUAGUCAUUCCAGCAGCAAAAGGCUCUCAUUUUAGCAUGGCUCUGAGGUCAUUGCAAUUUGUUCUUAUAAUUCAACAUUUGCCAAGGGCGUUACGGAUAUACAAAUUCUUAAAGAAAGUUAGAUUGAGUUCUAGCCUUUUUCCCAAUUCUACUGGGGGCAAUGCUAUGUUCAAUCUCUUCCUGUAUAUGCUUUCAAGUCAUGCCUUUGGAGCCUUUUGGUACCUGUUUGCUAUUGAGCGUAAAGCAAGUUGCCUGCAGAAAAGGUGUGGCGCUGAUCCAUAUUGCCCUCGGAUGCAUAACCUCAGCUCUGUUGAGAGGUCAUGCAUAAAAGAUUGCUCUGCAAAUGCAUCAUCAAAUGACAAAACAGCUUUCAAUUUUGGAAUAUUUGAUGAUGCCUUAACUUCUGGCGUUGUCUAUUCAACUGAUUUGAUAUGUAAGCUCUGUUACUGUUGCUGGUGGGGUCUGCAGAAUCUAAGUUCUUUGGGACAAGGCCUCAAAACUAGUCAGCAUAUAUGGGAAAUUUUCUUUGCAGUCUCCAUAACCAUUGCUGGGUUGGUAUUAUUUGCACUUUUAAUAGGGAAUUUACAGACAUUUCUGCAGGCAAAUAUUGCGAGACUGGAGGAAUUGAGAUUGAAGGUGGAAGAUAUUGAACUGUGGACGCCCUUCCAUUUUCUCCCGCGUAAACUAAGGAAGCAAAUCAAAAAAUGUGAGAUGCGUAAAUUGCGGCAAACUAGAAGUGAUGAUGUUGCCAACAUUCUCCGUAAUCUUCCUACUGAUCUCAGAAGUAGCACAGUAAAACAUCUUUGCUCACCUGCAUUCAACAAUGUUUCGAUGUUUCAAAUACUGAACGGUCAACAGUUGAACGAGAAACUCAUUGAUGCAGUCUGUGGUUAUCUGAAGCCAGUGGAAUACACUGAGCGUAACAUCAUCGUUGAAAAAGGAAAGCCGCUAGACAAGAUGAUCUUCGUAAUCCACGGCAAAUUAUGGAUGUAUUCCAACGACAACAGGGAAGAUGGGACAAUAGGGUCGUCUGAGAGCCUUACAAAAGAUAAUUACUUCGGAGAAGAUCUUUUGAAUUGGGGACUGAAAGAUCCACUCUUAUCCACUGUCCCCUUAUCCCCAAAAACUGUCUCUGCGCACACCAAAGUGGAAGCAUUUGUUUUGAGCGCAAAUGAUUUGAAGAUUUUCAUCUCCAAAUUCUGGUGGCUCAUCAGUUCAGAGCUUAGCAAUCAUCCCAAAUUUAAAGAGCAAUGCAAGAAAUGGGCUGUUCCUCUCAUUUGUGCUGCGUGGUAUCGUUACAAAAAGAAUAAGCAGCGAAGAUCUAAGAUUGAAAGUGGGAGUUCGCAGCCUUCAGGCACCACCGGAAUUGCUCAUGCCAAAAGAUUCAUUCGUAGUGCAUGGCAUGCUCUAUAUCAAAGACGAAGAAGAAUAAGUGGGAGCAAUGAUAGGCCUGGACAUAGUAACAACACCAAUGGGUUGCCAUAAGGUAGUCUUAAUAAACUUUGCUCUGAACUGAAGGCCGUUGGGUUGUGGUCGCCCUGAUUAACCAGAAACAUAAGAAACGCACUCACCCGGCCACAUUGGGUUGUUGAAAUAAAGUUUGUUGCUGCCUUUAUCUAUAAAAGAAAUGGUAAGCAACGUUGUCUAAAGUAGAACCAGCAGCUUCAGAAGGAGAGUAGAGAAAGGGUAAGUUAAGUAGCAGAGUGAGACUGAAAUUCUGAAAACCAGCCAGAAACAACAGUUGAAAUGGCAUUGAGGGUCUGAAGUCAGACUGAAAUUCCACUUUCUUUGAGUUUCAGCAGCAUCAUAAAGUAUUGUUUAGAAGUGAGUUGUUGAACAAGCAAUGGAAGAUGGAAAACAGAGUUGGCAAACCACAAAGGGGACAAAACAAGGAAACGUGUAUUUUCCUGAAGUGAAAGACGGCCAAAUCCAAAUAUAUGCUUCCACGUUUAAGUUUAGCUCUAAAAAAAGUUUUAUUUUCCUGAAAAUCUGCAGGGUUAGGAAAUGACACCAGAAUUGGAGCUUCCUGUUCUUCUUCUCAUCAAUGUUUUCAAAACCCCAUUUCAGAAACAUACCUACACA